AUGUUUGGAAUCGCAGCGGCUAUUUCAACCUGCACGGAAUCUACAGCACUCCGGCUAGCAGAGGAAUUCCGCAAACAUUCACUGCUUGACGCCCUCUUCAAUAUCAUUGACUAUUCACAUCACGACCCCUCCAAAGGCUUUAUAUUCUAUUACGAAGCUCUCUUCGCUAUAUCCCAGAUGUUCAAGGCUUUGAGUCGCCUUUCAAAAGUCAAAGAAGAUCUUGCAACCAAGCUGAUAGAAAGAUGGCCUAGAACGACUGCGAUGAUACAUGUGGUACACUCGGUAUUACACGCCUUGGCCAAGUCCACUCUUUCACUGCCGCGCAUUGGGAAUGGUUCGACCGGGUUUUUGGAAAUGAUCACACAAGAGGGCAACUUUACAAUACCAUUGCUCAUAUACUAUUGUAAACUUGUGCCAGACCUUGUAUCCCGACGACAGUUGGAAUUUGCCAUCGCGCGUGUUGCCCUGCCAAGACACGAUCUCACAAAGCCAGAACCAUAUAUGCGUCAUAAAGCUCUUCGACGUCUCUUUCAAUUCAUAGAGCUUGAGUUUGGGAAGAAACCUGGACCUGUCGUUGUCAAACUACUCCUCAGGGGUCUAGGAGAGGACUCAGAUGAGCCAAGCGAAAAGGCAGAACUUCUUAUUUGCACGGGUAUGGUCCUCUCUGUACUGGGUCUCAAAUUGGUCUCUCCACCAGAAGUAGCACAAGCGAGCUUGAUUCGCGCGCUCGCCCGGUCCGCUAUAUUUUGGAAGCGGUACUUUGCGAGCGUAAUGGAACAACGGAAAGAUCCGCAGAAGUCUUCCACUGUGCUGUUGAGCAAGGAUGUCGAACCGUUAUAUCAGCUUUUGUACACGGCCAGUCAGUUGGAUCCUGAGUGUGGCGGCCAGUUAGCCUCGAAGAUGAUUCGGGGACAACUAUUACAGUACCUCGAGUACAUAAUGGUCGAAUGUCAACCAGAUGAUUCGAAAACGUGCACUAUCGACGCUGUACGCGACGUGGAUGCAAGGAAUUGGCAAAGCAGGCAUGUGCGAGAUGCGCGACGAGGUAUUGUUCUCGUGGACUGGAGCGAACACAAGCUCUUGUGCGAGAUUCUACCGGCGAUACAUCACAUUAGCAAGCUAUAUCGAGGAGAAGAACCCUUCAAGGUGCUGAGCUACAAGCCGGUGCAUUUGAAGUAG